AUGGAGAAUUCCCUCCUUCAGCUGAGCAGCAUUAGUGACUACUGGAUGAGCCUCAGCUCCAUUGUCAUGGCCAAGGACAUGAUCGUUGGUGUUACAUGUGGAGCGGGCCUCUUCUUCCUACUGAUUCCCUUCCUGAAGAAGUACCCAGCGUCACCACCACCUGGAAACAGAAUGAACCCCCCAAAGGUGAGGAAAGCCUUGAUUGAAACACAAUGGAGUGUGUUCAGUCUGUUUCUCACUACUGUUACUUCCCCCUUUCAUAGUCAAGCAGAGACAGCUGAGAGGAACUCUCCAGAAACAGCAGCCCCUCAUCUGCAGGGGCUAGAAACACAGAGGGCAGGCAGCUUGGCCACCAGAGAGGAAGAAUGGGCCCAGGUCAUUUCUGUCCUUUCUCACUGUCAGGUGGUGAGGAGAGGGCGGAGUAGGACCAGGAAGAAAAUUGUUUCUGCAAAAGGUAGGCUUCUGUUUCCCUCUGGAGAGGCAAUUCCUUCUGCCCUGUCUUCAGUGAUGAGAGCCAUGAUGAGAGCCACGCUUCUGAGAUACGGGAUGCAGAGCACUGAGAAGAGGAGGCUGCUGGGAAGGAAAUCAGAAUCAGGGAAACUCCCCAGGUUCUGUGAAAGAAGGAAGCUUGGCCUGGAGUGGGUGCUGCUCAUGGGCCAGGGGGGGGACUCUCUGGUCCGCCUGAGAGCAGGUAGCUGCAAUUCCCUCCUCUUCCAGAUGACUGAUCCUGUGUCCUCACAGUGUCGUGGCAGAGAUGGCAGAAAGAAGGUGGAAGAGACCCAGAAUGCAUCACGACCUGUGGAAACCCCCAUCAAGCAACCUUUAUUGGACUCCACAUCACUCCCAAUUUGGAACUCUAAUGAGAAACUGGAUCAGCUUCCCCUCUCUCGGCUGCUGUCUUACCUGAAGGUCGUGGAGGAUCUUAUACAGAGAAAAUGUAGUCAGGUUUUCUGGGGCAUGUCCUCCAUGCUCUCUGAGUCAGUGGUGGCUUCUGCCUGGGUCUCCAAUAGAUCUUCCUCUGCAGGACCUAAAACCGUGAGGUUCAGCGAUACAUGUGGCCCUUUCCCAGUUCUGCCCAUGACUCAAGGACCUCCACAGAUUUCUCAGGCCCAGCUCUUGCCCCACCAACCCGUGAUACCAAGCUUGACAGGUGUGAAAGAAGCCCAGACACUGGGCAGCCUCCCAAGCUCUACACCAAAUCGAGCACUUUCUUCAUCUAGAAGUAGGGUCUGUGUAAAAGAUUGUUCUACCAGUGAGACAAAGAUACAGGUAUCCCUACCAACUGAAAACCAGGACCUGGAGCGGAAAGACACUUUAGACUCUAGUACCCCAAAAGAGCAAGCAGGCAUUAGCCGGCCCACUCACAACUCCCCAGGGGGUACCCUGCCCCCUGAACCUGUCAGGUCGGCCUCCAUCUUUCCUGAGCAUUGUCAGUUCCUCCAGCACCGUGAGGGGACACAGAGUGAAGACAAGGUGACUAAGGAGAGAGAAAUACGAGGCUCCCCCUUCACGGUCCUCUCAUCCCCGGAACUGACACAGCUGUGGGGACAUUUCCCAGCCAACAGUCCUUGCCAGCCCAAGAACAAGCCUGAACUCCCUCAGCCUGCCCAGCCCUCCAUCCUCGACUCCAAAAGCUGCAAGCUGAGCCAGAUGAUGGGGUCUGUGCCUUCGGCGAUGCCCUUAAAGAAGCCAGCAAUAUGUGACAUACACGACCCCAUCAAGGAGGACCUUGGUUUAAGGGCCAAUGACUUGCCUUGCACUUCAAGCAGCAGCCCUGGGAAAAACCUGGAACCCAGAAAGCCUGCACUGAGGACAGAUCAGCAGUCCUAUGUGAACACCGCCCAGGACCUUCCCUUCCUCGACCCAAAGACUCAAAUGAAGCUGGAAUUAAACAUCAUGCAGCUUCCUGUGAAACGUAGAAGGAGACCCACCUCUGUUUCUAAGGCUGAAUACUAUUCCAAGGCUGCCAUGAUCUUAGAAAAAUUGCAUCACCGAGAUCCAGGAGGGACAAGGGUAGAAACUGUGUCAACUGCCAGGCUGCGGAGUCCUCUGCUUGCACACUCACCUUCACAGAUUCAGGUGAUACAAAGAGCCACUCCACCAGCUGCCAGCCAUGGGCCGUCCAAGGCCCAUCCAGAUACACGGAAGAGCUACCUGAGCACUAAGACCCGGGCUUUCUGCUUCCAGGCAAGAACCCAGCAGAGCAGGACUGUCCGGGGGAUUGGAAGAAGCAACCCGCAACCAAGGACCAGCCCAAGAAUUUACAAACAUGCAGCAUGGAUGAAGUCUGAGAAUAUGGCCUCAGGACAUCCCUGCUGGAGUGGGACAAAGCUGGGCCCUCAAGAAAGGAUCCCACCUUCAGUGGUCAAACAAAUCAAUAGGUCGAAGGAGAAAGAAGGGACCCCUCCUGCAUGGAAAGUGAGUCUGGGAUCCACGGAGAUUCCCAGUGGCCAAGUCACCAAUAUCCAUCCCAGGGACUUUGAGUCUACAGAGGCCAAUAGAAGUCCAGGCCAUUUCCAAACACCCACUCCAAGGCACCCAGGAGACUCAGCUCUAAAAACACAAGUAUGUAGUGAGAUUGACUUCAGAUCAAGGAAGCAACCGCAGUCCUGGUCUGUGGGCCAUCGUCCAGACAGCUCCAGUUCAGUGAGCUUGCCUUCAGAGCACUUGCUUCCCAGCUUCCAGAAUAGAACCAAAAAACCCAAGACUUCCAAGAGCCUGCGUGAUGUCUUCGUGAGGAGGGAUCGCAGCCAGAAGACCCAGGACUUCAGAGUUCCCAAGGAUAAAAUUCAAGCAAAGAAUCACAAGAUGUUUUAUCCCGAUGAAGAGAGGAAGGAAUUUAUGAGAUCCAGAGCCAAAAGCCAGGAAGAACAGCCAGGGAGAGGGAGCUCCUCUACUCUGAGCUCCACCUGGUUCAAGAAUACAGCCACGAUGAAGACUGAGCCCUCUCUUGAUAUGCCAGGAAUAGAACAGACCCCUCAAGAAAGCUAUCUGCUAAAGAUCAUAAGGAAUAUUAUACAAUACAUAAAUCUCAGCACAAAAGACAAGGGGCAGGAGGAUUCUCUGAAGAAAGCAAGCUCCCCGCCAUCUACUCUGACGACCCAGGAAAAGCUCAUCUACAGCAUGGCAACUGAAGUGCAUUCUCUCAUGAAUAUUCUGGUACAGCUCCUGGUGAACUGGCUGGGCCUUAAGGCAGGGCACCCAUCAGAGGCACAAUGGUGUAAAGCAGAACCAUUGAUAGCCCAGCUGAGAGACUCUUUUUUGCAUAUUCCUGAGGGCAUCUAUGAACCAAAGAACAGCAGACCAGAGAAAAUAAGCUCUGGUCCCCACACCAGCCCCAUGGUUCAGAGCCACACAUUCAUGAACAAGGUGAUGGGGGACAAACCUCAGUCGGGUAUUGCUACCCAGGAAACCUGUCUUCAACAUCAGAACAGUGUGAAGAGAGGAAUGGGCUGUGAACAACUCCCCUCUCCCAAGGGAAACAACCAUCCAUGUAGGCAUGGGGGAACUGGAGACAAGCAGCAGUUAGGUGUUGGUGCCCCGAGAACCUAUGACUCAGAUCAAAUUAGAAUGAAGAGUGGAAUGAACUGCUGCCCACAUACCAGCCCCAAGGGACACAACCAUGUAUUUAUGCACAGAGAUGUUGGAGACAAUCAGCCAUCAGGUGCUGUCCAUAGAGCCUUUGACCCACAUCAAAGUACAAAGAAAGGAACAGGCUGUGGCCCCCUCACCAGUUCCAAAGAAAACAACCCUCCAGUCACACACAGGGGAACUGGAGACAAGGAGCAGUCACCCCAAACAGACCUUACCAGCAUAGGUCUGGGAGCAGGUGUCUCAGGCCACCUUGGUCUUUGUGCAUCAUGA